GGAAAAGCAAUAUUGAAGCGUAAAUAAAGAUGGCUGAACAAGAUGAAGAGAUAUUUGAAAUCAAUGAUUUCACAAACGCCACAGAAUGGGAAAGUUUCAUAGCAGCUAUAGAGCAGGUGAUGCAUCAGUGGGGACUGGCGGGAGGAGACCAGCAACACCAGGAGGGGGUGACUGUUGCUAAGCAACACAGGAAGGUAGAACGAGUGAGCUAUUGCGGUCGAACAUUCGUUAUCUCAUUAGAGGUAGGCGGAGCCUCGUGUUCUGACCACACCCACUCCAAGCGCAACAAGCACUGGGGAGUGGCUAUGAGAGAGAUGAUGGAUAACAGCGCUGACUUCCCACCCAAAGCACAUCACCUGACUAGAUGGUACGGACUGUCACAGUUUGUCCUCCUAGCUCCGGGGGAGGGGGAGAGUGCUCUCAUGAGUCAAGCACAAGCCAAGCUCAUGAUUAGCUCUGUCUCUGUUGCCGUUAGCAACACAUCUUGUGUGACCCCUGUGUUCGUACAAGUUCAUCAGAAGUGGCGUCAAGUGUACGUGGGCGUGGCUGAGUGUGGGGAUGUGCGGGUUGACUAUCACAUGAUCCACCUACGACACACGCCCACUCAUUUCGGGCACCUCUCCGGACUACUGGAGCUAUUCAAGGCUAAACUGAAGUGUCCUGUUGAUCAGAUGGAUCCAGUGCAGAUUGCAGCUCGUCACACGUAUGUGCUCAACCAGUGGAGUCUAGAAGAUUGGCCUGUAGAGCCGCUAGAUGGUGCAGAGUGUGAGGGUGGUGGAGUGGACUAUGGGAGGCUGUCCAUUGGAGCCAUCUCUGAUCCAAUAGAGGAGCUCCACUUAUCAGCCGUGUGGCCAAACCUUAGUGAGGAGACUGUGGCGGACACACAGGAACAUAGUGUCCUAAAGCCCACCCACGCACCAGUGUGGAGUGUAGUGUGUGGAUUAAGUGAGGGCUGUCAGUGCUUCCUCUCCGAGCAGCUAACAGCAUUCCUCAAGCUCUGUUACCAUAACGAAGCUAUCAAUGAACUGCUCGGAGGUAGAGCAACGCAGGAGGGCUCUCCAGCAGGCACUCCUGGUUAUUCCACGGCUCUGAAUAGACUCACGGCACCACCGGCUGCUAACAUGGCCUCUCCCUAUCUACCCGCAAGGAUGGUGGGCGGGGCCGAGUCUCAGACCACACCCACUUUACAGGAGGCUUUGAGCAACGAAGAACUAGAGGCAGUGCUUAAAUGCUUGUUCCCGGAGGCGUAUCAGGACAACCCGCCCACUCCACACACACCCACACCCUCACACACUGACCCCCUGGUGAGCAAGUUAAAGAGCGCCCCCCUCCACAGCCUCAGCUCACGUCUAGCCAACACUAUGUGCUUAGUCAACAAGGAACACGGAGUGAGGGGCCUUGCUCUGGUGUGGUAUGAACUGGUGCAGGAGUUGAGAUAUCGCUGGGAGAAUGGCGUACAGUUGAGAGAUUUGCCUGAGGGGUCACCUGACAUGGGUUGCUGUCUCCUACAUCAGAAACUGCAAAUGCUCAACUGUUGUAUUCGACACAAAAUAUCUCACGAACAGAAACUCAAUACUCCAAAUAUUCAUUCCAAUUCUCAAACUUCCAUUCUCGAUACAACAAAUUUAUCAUCCAUGGAAUUUCAAACACCCAACACAAGUAUUCACUCGGCAUCACAUGACUUUAAAGAAAAGUCACAUGAUAGUACUGACAGCGAUAGUGACGAGUUUUUUGAAGCUAUGGAGUCCCAUGGCGAUGACGUUGCCAUGGAUACAUCGGAACAAUCUGACGGUGUACCGGUCGAGAUUAAGGAACCUCGUGAUGCCUGUGAGGGGAGUGGUGUGGGCGGUGUGGAUAGUGUGGGGGCGUUGAAGCCGUGUGGGGACCUGGUACUGGUUGCUACUGGCAACCGACUGUUUGUACCCAUCACCCAGGAUCACACUCCGAUGACGGAGGACAUGUUCACAGAGCAGGCUAAUGUACUCUCACGUCUGGGUACCUCAGAGGAGGCAGCAAAGGUUCGGGCAAAGAUGCAGAGCUCGUCCCUCCUCUCCGACAUGCAAGCCUUCAAGGCGGCCAAUCCCGGCUGUUUAUUGGAGGAUUUUGUGCGAUGGUAUUCUCCACGAGACUGGAUCGAGGACGAGGACACGCCCACUCCACCUGGCACGCCCCCUCCACCUGCCACACCUCCUCCAUCUGGCACACCCUCUCCACUUGUCACACCCCCUCUACCUGUCACACCUCCUCCACUUGACACGCCCACGAUCCAGUCACCUGAUGCAUCACAUAACCAAACAGAGAGCAGUUCCGACUCUCCGAUAUCCAAACUGGAAGUGAGUGUGAGUGCUGACCCAGCAGACGGAUGGGAGGGGGAGGACUGGGCCGUUAUUGAGUCAGACAACGAGGAGGAGGUUACAAAUAAAGAAACAGAGGCUGAACCAACACGGUGUGUGAAAGGUCACCUCUCUACUCGUAUGCUCCAACCUGACAACCUCUGGGUGGAGGCGUGGCUAUCGACCACACCCCUUCCUGCAUAUAAACAAAAGAGGCUGUUUGAUGAUACAAGAGAAGCCGAAAAACUGCUUCACUUUCUGGCCGGACUAUCACCAUGCCAACUGGCACUGUUGCUAAUGCCCUCCCUCCUACACUCGGCCAUAGCAACUAUCAUGAGCAGACAAGAGAAGCAACCCCUCGCUGCUGUAGACAGUCUACUACAAGAUGUCAUAUCCCUACUAGCCACAGAGCAGCAGCCAUCGCUUGACUCACUACCAAGAUAUCAGGAGUGUAUUAAUCUGCUCUCUCAAGCCGAGCAUUUGCUGGCAGCUGCUCAAUCCCUCAGGGCAAAGCUCUACCAGGGUCUAGAGCUGAGUGGAGAUAGUGUGAGUAGUGAGGGUGGUGGGCGUGGUGAACUAGAGGUCAGUGCAGAGGUUAUCCUGACGGGUUCAGAGCUUGUACUGACUAACCCCACGUCUAGUGUAACAGGGAGGGCUCUCAUGGGUCUCCUCACAGUUCAAAGUGCAGCGGGGGAGCUGGAGAAUAUAUCGCUGACUCUUGACGAAAGCGUUCCCUCUGUAACCACGGAAACCUACCCACAACCGAGCGGCAAGGAGUACAUACUGAGGUCUACUAUACCAAGCCAUGCCCCCUACUCCACCCCCUCCCCGCAGAGACUGUUCUGUGUGCUCACAAGAGGAGAGUUCAGAUUAGCUGGAGCGUUCUCCAAAGACACUAAACUAACUUAACUCUCCUUAUCUCUGUUUGUUCGGUUUUUGUUUUUAUUUGUUUGCUUAUUGUGGAGAAUGUGAAAUUGUAUAUUUUAUUGGUAUGA